AUGCCAAAGUGGAGUUCUGCAUUGAAUCACCUUGCUUAUGCAGAUGAUACCAUCAUAUUCUCAUCUGCAGAGAGUAAUUCUUUGCAACUGAUCAUGGAUACUCUUCAAGAUUAUGAAAGAAUAGCUGGACAGUUGAUAAAUAAGAGGAAAAGUUCUUUCUAUAUGUUCAACAAGGUAUCAAAUCAGCUGAUUCAACAGGUGGAAGCAGUAACAGGAUUUGUCAGAGGUCAAUUCCCUUUUACGUAUCUUGGUUGUCCAAUUACUCAUGCAAGGAAGAGAAAAGUUGAUUAUACUAAUCUGUUAAAGAAAGUCAAGGACAAGUUGCAAACAUGGAAAGGGAAAAUGUUGUCUUAUGGUGGAAAAGUAGUAUUAAUCACUAGUGUUCUCCAAACCAUUCCAAUCUAUAUACUAUCUGCUAUCAGGCCACAAAAAUGUGUUAUAAAAGAGCUGCAUAAGAUCUUUGCAAAGUUCUUUUGGAAUAAUAAGGAAGAAGGGAGAAACAGACACUGGUCAUCACGGCUUAAUAUGUGCUUACCUAAACAUGAAGGAGGGUUGGGGUUCAGCUGGCCAGUCAAUGAUCAGGUUGAAGAUGUGGCUGAAUUAAUGUCAAAUGGCACCUGGAAUGUCCAAAAACUCCUGCAGUUAUUCCCUGAAGAUAUUGUGUAG